GGGGACUGGAGGGGGCGUUGGGGCGAGCAAGGCGGGGCUCGGCCGGGCGGGGGCCGUUGGCCCUCGGUGGGCGCAGGGUCCCUGGGAAGGCCCAGUGAGAAACCGAUGGCGGGAUCCCGGAUCCCGGUGCCUAGCAGUGUGCCAGGCCCUCACCAGGUCAUCCCCCACGCUUAGCCAGCGAUGAUGAGCUGAGCCCCGGGCGCUGCCAGGAGUCAGGGGCCGGUGGCAACGGGAGAGUGCCAGGGACUGUGGGGAGAGCCAGCCCUCCCCUUCCAGCUGUUCCCAGAUGUCAUUCUGCCUGCCCAGAGACCUGGCUCCUGAGCUCAGGGGGAUUCCACGGUUACUAAGCUACUGUAUUUUAUUGACUUUUAAAUCUUUUCUUCUAAGGGAGAAGGGGAUGGGGGGCAAAAGUCAAGAAAGAGCAAAUAAAAACAAAUCAAAAUAAGUACCCCCUCCCCAAAAGAAAGCUGUCCUCCAUCCAUCACUUACACACAAAUCGAAGGCCUCUGAACAUAGUCACCUUGCUGGACCAGCAGCUACACAGAACUGACCUCCUGCUGCCCCAUCCUCAUCUCCCUUUCUGGUGAAUGAGGGGUGGUGGUAGACAGUCCCCCGUCUUCGAGCCCUGGGUGGACAAAGGGGCUUCCGAAAAGAGAGGAAGAGGAUGGCCAGCGGGAAUGGUCUGGCUUCGUCCUCAGCCCUGGUGGCCAAGCGCCCCUCCGCCCUGGGCCCGUUCCCCAGGUACAUCUGGAUCCACCAGGACACACCCCAAGACAGCUUAGACAAGACUUGCCAUGAAAUCUGGAAGAGAGUUCAGGGCCUGCCCGAGGCCUUGCAGCCCAGGACCUCCAAGGAGCAGCUCUCUGCCCCCAUGGCUGGCACCCCAAGAGACAAUGGCCUCAGCUUCCAAGAAGAGCCUCCGGAACUCACCAGCGGCAGAGAUGAGAUCUCCUUGCUGGUGGAACAGGAGUUCUUGAGCCUCACCAAAGAGCACCUCAUGCCGGUCACAGAGAGCUCCGGGGAGCUGAAGGCACCUGGCAGCUCCCUCGAGGGGCCCAGGCAGCCGGCUCCCUGCCUUCUUGUGCCUUCGCUGGUGGCGGGCAGCAGUGAACGCCCAGCAGCCUCCAUCACUGCCGGUUACAAGCUCCUGGAGCCAAAGGUGGCAGUGCCCGUUAUCGGCAGCCGGCAGGACUGCAGUUCUACCAUGUCUAUGGUCACAGGCACCCUGCGUACUGCCAAGGUCAAGAGUGCCAAGGGGACAGAGGACAGGGGCAACAGCCUGGGGGCCUCCAACUCGGAGAUCAGCAAGCUCCUGGCUCAGUUCCCACUGAAGUCCGCGGAAACGUCCAAGGCCCCCGACAACAAGACGGUGUUGGAGGAGAGCACGGCCAUCAAGGACUUCCUGCAGAGCAGCAUGUUCAGUGGCCCUGGACCCGGGGAACCCGCGGAGCUGGGCCCAUUCCUGCUGCCAACUCCCCCGCCUCCUCCAGCGCCUCCCGACAAGCUCGAUAAGCCCCCCAGACUCCCUGCUCAGAGGAAGCAGCUGCCAGUGUUUGCCAAGAUCUGCUCCAAGCCCGAGGCUGACCCUGCCAUGGAGGGGCACAAACUGAUGGAACGGAACCCUGGCGCCAAGGAGCUGACCAAGGGUCAAGAGAGCCUCUUUCUCAGUCAGUGGUCCCAGAGACGGAAGGACACCUGUGGUAAGGAGGGUGGCAGUGACCCCAUGGGCUCUACGUCCAUGGCCCUGCCAGCCAAGAAGCCUGCCUGGCCGGCCAAGAAGAACCUGCUCUGUGAGUUCCUUGGGGCCACCAAGAACCCAAGCAGGCAUCUGAAGCUUCGCAGCAAGGUGGAGGUGGACGGGCUGGAGCUGAAACUUAACCCGCCUGUGACGGGGGCCGACAAGAACAACCUCGAGUACACAGGGAGUGUGUUCACCCCAUGCUUUGCCACCACCUUGACCUCAGCGACCCUGAACCAGCCGCUCUGGCUCAACCUGAACUAUCCACUUCUGCCCGUGUUCACGAAUCCCUCCGCCUUCCCCCAGUACCAGGGCCUGUACCCACAGCAGGCAGCCAGGAUGCCCUACCAGCAGACCCUGCAACCCCAGCUGGGGUGUUACUCCCGACAGGUGAUGCCAUACAACAACCCACAGCAGACGGGACAGCAGAGUUUCCACUCUUCCUACAACCCCCUGCUGAGCUACAUCCCCUUCGUCCAGUCCAGCUAUCCGUACCCUCAGAGGACACCUCAGAAGCUGGCCAGAAAUCCCCGAGACCCUUCCCCCAUGGCAGGAGAUGGACUGCAGUACCCCUUCCCCGCGUAUGGGUUCGGCUCGACAUCCGGUGGGCCCCUGAUGAACAGCCCCUAUUUUCCCUCUAGUGGGAAUGGCAUACAUUUUUAGAUCUCCUUCUCAUCUCCCUCCUCCUACCUUAGCCCUUGGAGCAGGGCUAAGGGCUCUGGAAUUCUGGAUUCUGCAGCAGCUUGGUAUGAAGUUUGGAAAGCCAAGGUUCCGACCAGGUCACAGACAGAAAACAGCAAGGCCAGGCGCAUCCAUGGACCAACACUCACACACACACACACACACACUCACACACACACACACACACACACACACACACACACAGCUAGCCUUCACACACAGCACAGACUGCACACACACCCCUCGGAUUCAUACUCACUUGCUCAUCCACAUAUGCAUAUGUAUUCAGCUAACAUGAGUGAUUUUUGUUUUUGUUGUUGUUGGUAAAAUAGA